AUGCACUCCGCCCCCAGUCUCGGGCGCCGGCCGUCGGCACCCCGACCGGACCCCCCCCCGGACCCUUCGACCCGCAGCACGACCACAUACCCGCUCUGCGCUCCCCCCUCCCCCCCUCCCCCCAACCUGGCCCGUCCCCGCCGGGCCCACUGGCCGCCCCCGCACCCCCUAGUCGUGUUCCGUCCCGCGGCCCCUCCGCGCCCGCGCCCCCCCCCCCCGCCGCCGCGCCGCCCGCCCCUCCCACCCCGCUCGCUCCCCCCCCUCGCCCCCCACUCCCCUCCUGCCCGCCGCCGCCGUUGGCCUCCGGGUCUCCAGCCACGCCCGUCCCGCUCCUUCCAAUCGCCACGCCCCCGCUCCCGCUCCCCGUCCCCCCGCGACGCCUCACGCCUGCACGUCACUGAGGAGUUUUUCCGCGGCGCCUCGCCCCCCCUCCCCUGCCCCCGCCCCCUCCGACCCCCUGUGCCCUGCCCCCUCCCUCCGCCGACGUCAGCUGCCCCCGCGCGCGCCUUCCCCCCCCCGCCCGCCGGCCCCCGCCGGCGCCGUUCCCCCGGUAGUAUUUACGUGCUGAACCGCACACCUCUGAUAGCUUCCGUGACCCGCCCCACCUCCUCCCCAUCGCCCCCGCCCCCACCCCCCCCCCUUCCGGCCCCCCCCUGCCCGUGCGCCGGGCUCCCCCCCGGCCCCGGCCCCGCGCCGGCCCCACCCCCCGCAUGCUCCCCCCUUCCCACCCUCCCCGCCCCCCCCCCCUUCCCCCACCUAGGCACCCGCGACCCGUCCCUCCUCCAGCUCCCCUGGGCCCACGCCACGUGCCCCCCCGCUCCUCCUACCCCCGCCCUCCCCCCUCCUGCGUCCACCCCUCCGCCCCCGCUCCCCGCUCCCCACCCCCCCCACCGCCACCUCCCGCCCUGCCGCCCCCCCUCCUCCCCGCCCCGCCCCGCUCCCGGCCGGCCCCCCCGCCCCGCCCCGCCCGUCCCACGCCCCCUCCUCCCUCCAGUCCCCCGCCCCGCCCCACUGCCAGCGCCCCCGGACAUGACUUAUCACCCCCCCCACCGGGCCACCGGCCCCGGCAUCCCCGAGCCCACGCCCCCAGCAUCGGCCCCGCUCUUCCCGUCCUCCGGCCCCUUCCCUGCACCGCUGACCCCCCCGCUCCCGCGCCUCACCGCCCCGCCGGCCCCCCGGCUCCCGUCUCCCUGCAGCCCCCUCCGCCAUCGCCCCGCCCCACCCCCCCCCCCCGCCCCCCCUUCGCCAGCGCUCCCCCCGCCGCCUCGCUCCCACCCCGUCCAGCCCCCCACUCCCCUCGCCUCAGUGCUCGGCCGCCCCCCCCUCCACACCCCCAUCCCUGCCCGGCACCCCGUUGACCGCGCCCCCCCCACCCCCCCCCUGCCCCCCCACCCGCCUGCCGCCUCCCCCCGCCCCCUCCGCACCCCCCGCCCCCCCCGCGCCCCCCGUCGCCCCCCGGGCCAGCGCCCGCCCCCCCCCGCCCCGCGUGCGGCCGCACCCCCCCUCUGCUCCUGGGCGCCCGCGGGCGCUCGAUCGCCUCUUCCCCCCGGCCGGCCCCGGCGCCGCUUCCCCCGCCCCGGCCCGCCAUGCCCCGCAACCGCCCCUUCCCCGUCUCCGCCCUCGUCAGCUGGCUCCCCCCCUCUCCCCCUCACCCUCCAUAGCUCCACCGCUGCCGCCCCCCCCGUCACUCCCAGCGCCUCCGGCCCGCCCCUCCCCCCCCUCUCCCCCCCCCCCGACCCUUGCCACCCCCCUCGGGUCGCCCCCCCCCCCCGCGUCCCCCCCACGCUGCCCAAUUCCCAGCCCCGCCUCCCCGCCCCCCUCCCUCGCCCCCCCGCCCCUCCCGUCCCCCCGCCCCCGUCCCUGCCCCCCGUCGCUGGGCCGCCCCUGCCCCGCCCCCCCGCUCCCCUCCCCCGCCCCACCCUGGCCCCCCCCCCCGCCCCCGCUUGCCGCCCCCCCCCGCCCCCGCCCUCCCUCCCCCUCACCCCCCCGACCCCCAUCACCCAGCUCCCCCUCGCCUCCCCUGCACCCUCCCCCCCGCCCCUCGCCCCCCGGCACGCGCACCCCUGGCCCCCCGACCCCCCACCCGCCCCCGCGCCGCAGUCCCCCGCCUCCCCCCUGCGCCCCCCCCCUCCGGCCGGCCCGACCCCCUCCAACCUGGCCCGUCGGCGCCCCCUCUCCCCCCGCCAAGCUCAGCGCCCCUUCGGGCCAUCUGCCCCCUCCGCUCCCCUCCGCCAGCCCCCGCCCCCUCUCCUCCCCCACGCCGGGCUACCCCCCCCCACCGCCCACCAGCACACCCCUCCCUCGCGCCCAUCCGCCCCCCCUCCCCGCCCCGACCCCCAUCACCGGCCCCCGCCCUCGCUUCGCCCCCACCGCCCCCCCUCCUCCCUAGCUCGUCCCCCGGGCCGGUCCCUACACCCCGCCCCCCCGCUCACUAACCCCGACCCCACCCCCUCCCCCCGACCCUCCCCCUCCUUCGCCCUGCCCCCUCCCCGCCGCCCCCGCCCGGCUCGCCCCUCCCGCGCUCCCUCCCCCCCCCCCCGACCCCCGGCCGCCUGGGCGCCCCGCACGCCGCCCCACACCCAUCCCACCGCCCCCCGCCCCCCCGCCCCCCACCCACCUCGACCCCGCGUCCAUGGGGGAGGCCCCGCCCGCCCGCAUCUCGCCCCCAACCCCCCAGGGCCCCCCCCCCCGCCCCCGCUCCCACCCCCGUCUCGCCCCCCGCCACCCAGCCUCGCCGGUGCCGCCCCGCCCCUCCACGCGCACGCCCGCUACCUUACUACCCGCCCCUCUCCGACCCCUCGUCGUCCCCUCGCCCCCGUCGCCCCCGCCCCGGCCGCGCUGCUCCCCGCACCCCCCUCCCUCUGCACUCCCGCCCCUCCCCACCCGCCCGCCUUCCCGUCGCGCCCCCUCCACCCCCGGUCCCCCCCCCCCCUCCCUCACCUCUCCCCCCCCCCCCCUCCCCCCCCCCCCCCCCCUCCCAGCCACGCAGCUCCCGUCCUCCCCCCCCCCUCCCCCGCCUUAGCCCUUCGCCCUCCCCCCAGCCCGCAACCCUCCCCCCCCCGCCGCCCCCCGCCUCCCGUCCUCCCCCCCCCCCCCCCUUCGCUCCAGCGCGCGCCCCCACUCCCCCAGUACCGCGCCCCUCCCGCGCCCCGCCUCCCUCCGUCCUCCCGCCCCCCUCGUGCCCCUCCUCCCGCCCGGCCCCCACCACCCCGCCCCCGCCCCCUCUACUCCCCCUCCCUUUCAAUCGACCGCCCCUCAACCCUGCCGCUCCCUCCCGCGCCCCCCCGCGGCCCCCCCCUCCGUUGGCCCCACCCGCAGCGCGCGCGCCCCCCCCCCUCCCCCCCCCCUCUCCUCCCCCCCGCGCCCCCGCCCCCCCCCUUCCCCGCACCGCCCCCCCUACCCCCCCUCCCCCCACUCCCCCUUCCGCCCCCCCCUCAUCCCCCCCCCCACUACCCCCCCCGACUCCCCCGCCCCGCCCCCACUCCCCUCCACUCUCACCGCCCCCCUCCGCCCCCCCGCCCCCCUACUCCUGCCCCCGCGCCCCCCCUCCACCUGCGCUCCACCCCCCCUCUCCCCUCCCCCCGCCCCCCCGCCAUUCCCUAG